GGCGGCGCUGGGGGAGCGGGGUAGGGGCAGCGGUGUCAGCCCAGCCGUGUGGCCCCGGUGGCACCGUGGGGUGGGACCCGGGAGCAGGACCCCAGGCGGGGGGACACAUCCCACAGGGGAGGAGCACAGCCCGCGGGGCACAGCAGCCCCUUACCCACCGCCGAGGAGCCCCGGACCCUGCACAGCACUUUGAACACGGGCUUAGACGCUGUUUCCAGAUGUUGAGUGUGGGCAGAUGCUGCUGCAGCUGCCGGGGGGCGGGGGGGAAAUCACCAUCUGUCCCUAACCCUUGAGCGCGGAGACUCAGGACAAGACACCGAUCACCCCACGCCACGCUGCUGGGGCCCCCUGGCCCCUGGCAGGGACGGGCAGGUGGGCGAUGCUCGAGCCCCGUGUCCCUGCUGGGCAGGGGACCCCAAAACCGCGGGGCCAGCAGAGCGCCCGGCCCUGCCGCUGUCCUUGCACCGGGGAGGCGCGGGGCACAGGGCCCCGGCACGGCACAGCCGGUUCACGGCUCAGCGCGUCCUCCGACGCCUCAUUUCACCCCCGCCUGAUAAACAACAGCCUGUGCGAGCGUGUGCCCGGCGUGCCGCCGGCACCAUGCCAGCUGGGCAGCAGCCGCACCCCGGGACCCCCGUGCCGCUCAUGGGCUGCUCACGGCGGUGAGGGGACCACGGGGGACACGCGGGAACGGGGGGCUGGUUCCGGAGGUCGCCGGGGGACAGGGUGACCCCUCCCCGUCUGCGGUGAGCUGAGGAGCAGCUGCGCUGGCCCGGAGAUUGCGGCUGAGCGCUGGCUCACCAUAGCGACCUGUGCCAGGCAGCAGUGCCAGGGCAUCGCCCCGCGGGCUGGGGGGCACUGGAGAGACCGAGCUGGACCCAGGCACCGGCAGGGGAGAGCAGGUCCCUCCCUGUGCUGCUGGGGAAACUGAGGCACGGUGUCCUGGCAGUGGAGCAGCCAGCGCAGAGCCCAGCAGGGACACGCAGGCAGCGCACACGGAUUCACGCUCGUGUGCACAGCCACACGUCACACCCUGCGCACACCCGCUCCCCUGGGUCCCCAGCGGUGGCCACCAGCCCAGCUGCCCGCUUGCCCCCGGACCACCACCCCUACCGCUCCGGGGCGGGACGGGCUGUGUCCCGGCCACCGGAGCUGCCCGGUGACCCUUCCCGGCCCCCGCGGAGCCAAGGGCCGGUGACGCCCCCGCGCCCGGCCAGCCCAGCCCGCGGCUCUGCCCACGGCGCGCUCCCUCCGCCCCGUGUCCCGCGCCCCGGGAGGCUGUGCCGUGCUGCGGGUGCCCGCGGGGACAGCGACACUGCCGGGGACACGGACACCAGCGGCACACGGACACUGACGGGGACACGUCCGUGGGAAACGCCGAGCCCAGGGAAGGUGGCACUGCACGCCCGGCGGGUGGCACUGGGGCCGCCCAGCCGCUCCGUGGUGGAAGAUGGCGCUGCCAGUGCCCAACAGCACGGCGGUGUCAUGGGCAGAGCUGGAGCGGUCGCCCUGCCUGGUUGGCAUCGUGCCCAUCGUGUACUACAGCGUCCUGCUGGGGCUGGGGCUGCCAGUGAACAUCCUGACUGCCGUGGCCCUGUCCCGCCUGGCCACCAGGACCAAGAAGUCAUCGUACUGGUACCUGCUGGCCCUGACCACCUCCGACAUCCUCACCCAGGUCUUCAUCAUCUUCGUGGGCUUCAUCCUGCAGACGGCCAUCCUGGCACGGGCAGUGCCCAGUGCCUUCAUCCACACCGUCACCGUGCUGGAGUUCACGGCCAACCACGCGUCCACCUGGGUCACUGUGCUGCUGACCGUGGACCGCUACGUGGCCCUGUGCCACCCGCUGCGCUACCGCGCCGUGUCCUACCCGCGGCGCACCCGCAAGAUCAUCGCGGCCGUCUUCGCCGCGGCGCUGGCCACCGGCAUCCCCUUCUACUGGUGGCUGGACAUGUGGCGCGACGCCGAGCCCCCCACGGCGCUGGACACGGCGCUCAAGUGGCUGCACUGCGUCACCAUCUACUUCCUGCCCUGCAGCGUCUUCCUGGCCACCAACUCCGCCAUCAUCCGCAAGCUGAAGCGGCGCAGGCGCUCCAGGGGCGGCAAGACCACGGCCCUGCUGCUGGCCGUCACCGCCGUCUUCGUGGUGCUCUGGGCUCCCCGCACAAUCGUCACCAUGUGCCACCUCUACGUGGCCUCGGUCAGGAGGGACUGGCGCGUGCACCUGGCCUUGGACAUCGCCAACAUGGUGGCCAUGCUCAACACCUCCCUCAACUUCUUCCUCUACUGCUUCGUCAGCCAGACCUUCCGCCGCACGGUGGGCGAGGUGCUGCGGGGCCAGCCCCGGGCAGCCCCUCGCCGUGGCAGCGGGCACUUCCCAGCCCCGGCCCUCAAACCGCUGAAGCUGCUGGGCAGCACCGCGCUCUGAGCCAGGGCAGUGCCCGGCUGGCAGUGCUGUGCCCACCCAGCCCCACGCUUUGCACCGGGACCAGGGAGAGACCCCCACCCUGCACGGAGCCGGGGGUGCUGCUGGUGGGGGUGGCAGGAGGAGGUGGUUGUGCCCAGACACUCAUUUGGAGAUGUCGUGGUGCCUGCCUGGCAGCAGCGCCCCAGGGUGGGCAGCUCAGCCCUGCCCAUGCUCAGCCCCUGGCACAACACUGGAACUCACCCAGGGAACUCAUCCUGGACACGCCCCAGCCCAGUGGCACCGAUGGUUCUGAGGAGCCCAGGGGCUGCCCGUGGUGAGGGGUGGAGGGCACGAGUGAGCUCCUGCGAGCCCUGACAAGGACGUGGUGCCCUCUGGGUGCCACUCCAUAAACUGCCGUGCUGAGACCGAACUCCGCCUGGGUCCGGCUCCCUGCGGGCAGCUGGGACGGGGGCUCCGUGCUCCAGCCGCUGUGGCACAGGGUCCCUCUGCCCUGCCCACCCCCAUGCCCCUGCCCGGGGGAGCACCCCCAGGGUCUGCUGUCCCCUGUGGUGGGUCUGGACACAUGGUAAGAUCGCAGCUCCCGACCCCCACCCAUUAAUCCCCCUGGCAGCAGCCCCCGGGCAAUGCCCCCCUGCAUCGGGUGCACCCAGUGCUGCCCUCCCAGUUACUCCAGUGCCAAACUGGUGUGACACUGGAGGAGCGGCCGUGCCGUGCCGUGCCAGCCUGUCCCCAGCUGCCGGCAGAGGGCAGGGAUGGGACACUGCGGAGCUGGCACUGACGGGGCAGGGAGCUGGCAGCCCCAGCGCCCCAAACCAGCCCCGCCGCCACCCUAAUUCCCUGUAAGGUCCUUAACGUAAUCCCCCAAAACCGUCCAGCCUUUCCUCUCGGAUUCCCGAGAGGGGCAGGACAGACCCGGGGGGUGCCCGGGGGGGAUCAGGACCUCAGCUGGAUCCUGGCAGGGCACAGAGAC